AUGGCUCUGGUGAUGGCAGGCCCAGUGCCCCCUCAGGCUAAACGUAAUUCUUUAAGUUGUGAAACUGAGUUCCGCCUGGUGUCACAGAUGGCGCGGAGAAAAGCUACUGGCACUUCUAGAGCUACGAGGCGGAGACACUGGUGGCAUUUGAGACAGCGAUGGAGGAUGCUAGGGGUGUUUGAGAUCAACGCAGAACAUGAGUUCUACCAUCUAACAGCCAUGAUAAAAGAGGGUAUGCAUGCUUCCGUUCAGACCACUAUGGACACACCAGACCAGGAUACACUCACAGCUGAACAUUUCAAGGCAGAGGAAACUAAAAGCCAUGAGGGGUUUGAGAUGCAGACAUUUGCAGCACCAGUGUUUGCCAAACUGAGGCGUUCACUGGACAUCACAGAGGAGGAAUACAUGAACUCCCUCUGCACAGGCGGGUGCUACCUCCAGUUUGUCAGCAACUCCAAGAGCAAGGCAGAUUUCUUUGUCACGAAUGACAAGAGGUUCUUCCUAAAGACCCAGAGUAAGCGCGAGGUCAUGUUUCUCCUGUCCAAUCUGCAGGCAUACAUGGACCACUUGGAGAAAUACCCUCAUUCACUGAUAGUGAGGUUUCUAGGUGUCCACAGGAUUGUUAUUCCGAAUGAGACAAAGAAGUACUUCAUUGUAAUGCAGAGUGUGUUUUACCCUGAUGAGAGGAUCAAUAUUAGAUUCGACAUUAAAGGCUGUGAGGUGGGCAGAUGGACCAACCCUGACACCGAUGGGAAACAAAUUAUAAAAGUGCUGAAGGACAAUAACUUCAAAGGGCAGCACAUUGCAUUAGAUCAAGAGAAAUCCUGGUUUGCCCAUCAAGUGAAAAUGGAUGCUGCCUUCCUUCAAGAGCUCAACGUGCUGGACUACAGUCUCCUGCUGGCACAUCAACCUCUGCACCAAGAUGAGCUCGACGGGAAACAUUCCUUGGCAAACCUUGUAAUGCGCACCACAAAGUCUCUGGACUUGGAUGACAGUCCCACAGGGUCAGACCCCCCCACCAUUCCAUUACUGGAAGGGACCACGGGUGAGGUGGAACCAGAUACUUCAGACUGUGGGUCGGGCAAGCCACAGGCAGCAGCUGAGGGCUCAGGUGAAGGGAUCCCCCUCCAAGAGAUAAACUGCCGUGCAAAAGAUACCAGGACUGACUCAGAACUGCAGGAAUUCCACGAGCAUCAUCGUAGGCUACUGCCCAACUGCAAAAACGCUAUCCAUGUCAUAGACGGGCCAGAGCGUCGCUACUUUGUGGGAAUUAUAGACAUUUUCACCGUCUACGGUUGGAAGAAAAGACUGGAGAACCUGUGGAAAAGCCUCCACUUCCCAGGCAGGGCCUUUUCCACCGUCAACCCUGCCAAAUAUUCACACAGGUUCGGUCAGUGGAUACAGGACCACACUCAGUGACAAAAAACAUUCAUCCCAGUGUCUACCAGAUGGGGCUGUGUUACCAGAGAUCUGCUGUCAUACUAGGUGUGUUUUUGCAGGAGCAGCUUUUGAAUGUAUAAAAUAACCGACAUCUAUUGAUAGUGGACAUAAGUUGCAUUUGAUUUGUUAUGGACUCUUCACAUACAUAUAGGAAAAACAGUUUUGCUUCCUUGUGUCUGUCAACCGCCUGCUCAUAUACUGUACAUACAAAAUAGAGUUACCGUCUCAUCAAAACAAGUUCAGUACAUCACCAAAGAAUCCAAAUGCUGCUGUGAAUGUGUCUGCUGUGGAGCAGACUCUGCUUGAAGAUUUUUGUCAUAUUAACUGAAACUUUCACUGUAUCCUGAAAGCAGAAUGUUCAGUGGACAUGUGAACCCCGGUGAUGGAGCAGUGGUUCAAUCAGAGCAUGACACAGCUGCAUCCAGACACAUGGGUGGGAAUGUAGCCAGGGGUGCCAAGGUACUGUAAUAAUGAGGCAAGGGUUAGGGUUAGAUUUAGAUUUCACUGGUGAGAGUAAUAUUUUACAGUUUAUAGCUCAAGAAAGUUUUUUGUUAGAAAGAACAGGUGGAAAAGUUCUAUCCUUUUUUAAAAAUUGUAUCUGCUCAAACAAAGUAGGAUCAUGGUAAAAAAAAAAAACUCUAUGUAGACUGAACGCGCUUUGCUGCAUGUUGUUGCCCCUCUCUCACCCCCGUCUCUCUCCCCGCUUUCCUAUCUAUCCUCACCUGUCCGAUCAAAAAAUAAAAGCCUAAAAAGCCCCCCCAAAAAUACAUUAAAAAAAGGUUAGAUUAAAAAAAGGUCAACAGAGUGUGUGUGUGUGUGUGUUGCUGAGAGAGACAAAGACCAGGAGUUUGUGAGUUAGGUAGAGAAUAAAAAGAAAUUAGUCUAUUAGAAAAAAGGCCACAGUUUUUAUUUUUUGUAAUAUUCAAAUAUUUUUUAAUAAAUGAGUGUAUGUUGAAGUAUAUGAGAUGUUUUGUUUUUCACUGUGGUAUCCAAUUGGGAAUCAAAAAUCAUGGAAUGUCACUAAUAUUGGUAUCGACUACUAAAAUUCUUGUAUUGGGACACACCUACUACAAAGGGAAGAAUAACUGCAGUUAAAAGGGAGGCCAUAGAUUGUAUAGAGCUGAUCCAUACACAGCCAUUAUUCAGUCUGUUGUCUGCACAUUGGAUCGGCCACCCAGCAGGACAGGAACAGACUACAGUGGACAGUCAGGACUGCAGAAAGGAUCAUUGGUGCCAAUCUACCCUCCAUUCAGGACUUAUAUCCAGAGUGAGGAAACAUCACUGCAGAUCCAGCUCACCCUGGACACAACCUGUUCCAACUCCUCCCCUCUGGUGGGCGCUAGAGAGCACUGUGCACCAAAACAAACAGGCACAGGAACAGUCUCUACCCAUAGGCCAUCACUCUGAUGAACAGUUAACUCCAGACACACAGGGUAUAAAGAAUUUAAAAGCAAAAACCCUGUGACUCCUCUGUACCUGUAAAUUAUUUAUUUUCAUGGCUGAACACUGAAGUUUUCUUUUGAAAGCACUUAUAAUCACUAAAAACAUACUACCUAUGUUUAUAUUGUAUAUACUCAUGUCCACAUACCUCAUGUAGGCUACAUAAAAAUACCUGCACAAAAACAUCUAUUCCAGCAUCCUUUGCGCUCUGCUCCACUGCACCAAAGUCUUACUGUAAACAAAUGUUAUUGUUGUUUAUGUUAUGUGUGUAUAGUAGUCUAUUUUGUUCAUCUCAUUGUCCUGUUUAUUUAUGAUUAUUCUGUGUAUGUACACUGAGAGCAGUGUAAAACUGGAGUCAGAUUCCUUGUAUAUGU